AUGCUCGACCUCACACAGGCAUUUGCCGGCUGCCCCCCUUCAAGUCUCAGUUUCCUUCACCUGCCUCGCGAGACACUCCUGCUAUACCCGUUCGCUGAUUCCGUCGUCAUCUUCAAUGCCCGCACCCUCGCGUUCAUCCGCGCCCUGGCGUUGUGGGAGGUCUUUCCGUCUACCCGCAACACAUUGCAGUCGGUGCAAUGUUUGACUGUGGAGAACAGCAUGAAGUUGGUCGUGGCUUCGUUGGGCCGUAGGGUUGUUGCGUGGUCCCUGUCAGGCAAGCGGCACGACUACUGGCGUGUUCACUCUUCUUUGUCGCUUCCGGAGGACCAGCAAGUGACGGCACUCAACUGCAUGUCCGGCUUGCUUGCAGUCGGCACCCGGACUAGUCUAUCUGUCUACACACUAAUCCUAGAGAACGACCUGCCCACAUGGUCUCUGAAAUGGUCUUCUGAUGUUCCUACCCUCUCCCGCGUGCGAUACUCGCCAUCACUCAUGUACAUUGCUACUACAUCGCUGAACGAUAAUGUGGUGCGGACGUACUUGACCACGACCGGUCGUCAAACCCAAGCUUUACCCCAUCCACGGCCAGUGAUUGAUCUCAUAUGGCGCAACUCUCCAACAUCAAGCCGAGAUGAUCCCAUCCUGUAUACUAUCACAUCUGACGCGACAUUACGCAUAUUUAUGCCGGUCAUCGACUCCCCGCAAUACCUGCAACUACAUACCGCUCUGGAUACGUUCUCGUCGCUACCAUUUGCUGUGGCAUGCAAACAGUCACGCUCAAGUGUCUUUUGGCUCGACCGCGAAAUCGUGAGCCAUGCUUUGGAAGCAACUAUAGAAGAUCCGACGUUGACGGAGGAAGAUGCUCGAAGGCGACGUGUACGCGAGAUCGCGGAAGAAGGGUGGGACAUCUUCUUGCGAGUGCUGGAGGACGGUUCCAUUGUUGUACAAGCCGUCGCGAACAUCGACCGACGGCCUCCAACCCUCCUCAAGCAUUUUGCUCUGCUGGAGACAGCUCCGAAGAUAGUGCCGGGUCCACCCCAUCGUCUAUAUGUCGUCCCCAAUUUGUCACGCGGGUCACUGACGCUUGUAACUUCGCCGCCAUUGACAACGUACGACCUUCCACUGCUGUCGUUCUUAGGCACGCGGGAGUCGAGAUUGACGCAUUUAGCCUCCGGCGCCGACCAUGCGCACAUCGACGUUCUGGAAGCAGACGACUCGCGAGCGGAGAUUGUCCAAUAUGCCAGAACACCGAACGGCGAAGGGUCAGGUAUUUUGGAGAGCACGGCGAAGUGGUCCGACGACGACAGCCACGUUGAUCUGUUUGUGGUAAUCGACGCAGGCCACAAUUACGCAACAUACUCCAAAGCGUCCAGUCUCUUAACUCUGCAUACAAACCCGCCUGCCACGCUCACCGUGCCUCCUCUCACUCGUCUCUUCGCUUUAUCCGCUCCCCAUGCAUACCGGACGCGAACAUUGGUUGGGGUUGCAACCUCGCAAGAAGUGCUACUGAUUUCUGCGGUUCUGUCGGGCCCAACACCGUCUUUGAGACUCAUAUCGCAAGGCUCCCUUCCUCUGCCGUCUCCUUCAAAAACAAUCAUUCCAGUCGACCCAAUGGCAUGGGUCGGUCAGCUUGGAGCCAGGACACCGGUAGAACACGACGUGUUGUUGAGUGUAUCGGAAGACGGCGAUCUUACUUUCUGGAGACCGGAAAUCAACUUGCACUCUCCGAGUAAUGGAUAUGUUAUCGACGGCAAAAUGGAGAAGCAGACAGUCUGGAAGUGCACAGGUCAUGUACGGACACGGCGCAAGGGGUUCAUCAAAGCGAGCUGUAGUUCCGCCAAGAAGUCUGUACUAAUCGCCCCGACAGCAGAAGGUGAAGAACUUACGAUAUGGGACUCUCAGGAGUCAGAGUUCUCACUUGGGCUAGAGUAUCGUCAGAUCAUCGAUCCUGCAGAUCCUGUCCGAGACUUGGACUGGACGGCAACGCCAGAUAAUCAGUCCAUCCUAGCGGUUGGAUUUGCUCACAGAAUCGAGUUACUAUGUCAACAACGCGCGACCUACUUCGACGAAAUUCCGGGAUGGGGUGUUUGCUGGAGGAUUGACAUGGGCAGGACACUUCUUGUAGGCGCGGGACAUUUCCAGUUCAUGUUCGGGCAAACACCGCUAGCUGGAGAACGUGCUGUGCAGACGGAGAGCCUGUUUGAGCAUGUGGCCCGAUUGAACGGGCCUCUCGACGACUACAAUCCACAGAUGAUUCUGCAAUGUCUCCUCUGGGGUAAAGUAGAACUUGUCAAAGAAGUUAUCGUCAACCUCGCACGCAAUAUUGAUUCUGCAAGCGAACAUCAGAAAUGGCAGACUAUCCCCAUCGAGCGAUACCUGCAGAAAGAUAGCGGAGCCAUGACGAGAUCAAGGAAGAGUGAGCCUGUUCCCCCAAGUGUCUUGCUAAAGUCAUUAAUUGACGUUUCAAGUGACGACGACGACGACCCGUUCUCGUCACAAAUGGUCCGGAACCUCCUAGGACGUCUUGAAGAUCACCCCAUACCUCACUUCACACCAUUGGAGAAUGUCUCGCUCAUGGAGCUGAUCCAGACCACGCUAGAGGUGCUACAACGAGCCCUGGAUCCCAAUGGCUUGCGCUAUUUGCUCUCCAUGCGAUACUUCUACAACAUCAACCGUAGAGCAUCGGAACCUAGCUCUCCCUCCUCCGGCAUCAACGGCGCUGAUGAGAUGAAUGGAGUCAAUGGGAUCAACGGUACGACUGAUGCGACAUACAACGGUCGCCUGCGUCGACGAGAGCGUCUGCGAUACCGCGACAUGAUCUGGGCGUUCCAUAGCGAAAGUCAAGACCUGCUGCUGUCCACGGCCAACACGGCAUGCGGCGGGAAGAUGUGCUGGCCCGACGCGAGGGCGCUAGGCGUAUUCAUGUGGAUUCGUUCCCAGGAGAGGAUGAGAGCCCACAUGGAAGUCGUCGCUCGGAACCAAUACAUGGCAGGGGACAACCGCGACCCAUCUGCAUGCAGCUUGCUCUACUUCGCCCUUGGCAAGGUCAAGCUCGUUCAUGGGCUUUGGCGCCAGGCUGUUUGGCACAAAGAACAGCAAGCCAUGCUAAAGUUCCUGAACAACGACUUCACCCAGCCCCGGUGGAGAACGGCCGCUCAAAAGAACGCGUUCGCACUGCUUAGCAAGCGUCGAUUCGAAUACGCUGCCGCGUUCUUCCUUCUCGGCGGAAGCUUAAAAGACGCCAUUACUGUUUGUCUCAAGAAUAUCGGUGACUGGCAAUUAGCGGUGGCCCUUAUCCGCGUGAUGGAGGGCGACGACAGCGCCCUCCUGAAAGACAUCCUUGACAACACUGUGAUCCCUCUAGCCUUCAAAGAUGGGAACCGGUAUCUCGCAAGCUGGGUGUUCUGGAUGCUCCGUCGACGAGACCUGGCGGUCAGGAUACUGGUGAUGCCGUUGCAAGACGUCGCAUCUGAGCUCGAAGUGUCCAUUCCCGUGAUCGGAGACCCGCAUUACGAUGACCCUAGUCUCGCGCUGCUGUUUUCCCAGCUCAAGGCCAAGACGCUCCAAACCGCUCAGGGCACCAGCGAGAUUUCGGGUCGCACCGAGUUCAACUUCGUCCUGCAAACUGCCCGCGUCUUUUGCAAAAUGGGCUGCCACGCACUGGCGCUGGACAUGGUACGCACCUGGUCCUUCCAGCGACCUUCGACCGUCGUCCGCGACAGCGCACGAGCGUUGCGCCGGCCACCGAGUCCCGUCUCGACACGCUUCGCUCUCGAACCUGCCUUGCGGCGCCAGUCGUCCAUCUUGAUCGACAUUGACGUUUCCACUGCGCCGCCGACCCGACACGCGUCGCCCUCGAGCUCCCCUACCUGCGGUGUCUCGCCUGUGACCCCGAUGAAAGUGAAGGAGGAGUUGAAAGAGGAAGGGGACCUUGUUGCGCGGAAGGCUGGGAUCGGGAGUCUGAUGAAGUCGGCCAAGCAGGACGUGAAAGUGCCCGAGUUCGACAUGGACGCGUUCUUUUGA